AUGGAGGCGAUACCUCCAAGCGCCAUGGAGACUUGUUCCAAUGGUCAGGGCCAUGGCUCUGAUGAACUUGCGCCCAUGUGGGUGAUGGAAGUUGCGCACCUGCUUGCAAUGACAGGGAAGCUGAAACACCAUCAAGCCCUCAAGGCUGAAGGUCUUCUACGUCACUGGAGCUCGGGGCUGUUCACGCUCUUUGUUUCACACCAGUGGCUCGGUCGUCACCAUCCUGAUCCCAAUUCUGAGCAAUUGCGAGUGCUUCAGGGGCUUCUAAGGAAUCUUUUGGCAAAGACCGUGACGAUAGAGUACGAUGUUCUUACGCAGUUUUUCGGUGGUACGGGCCCGAAAGCAGAGCUUGACAAACUGGUUGGUGCUUAUUUGUGGUUGGACUACAUCUGUGUCCCUCAGCUCGUCGAAUCUGCCAGUUCAAGCCUAGCUUACGAGCAGCUCCGCUACGUGUGGAGCAUACACAGCUACGUGGACCGAUGUGCCCUUUUUUUGGCUUUGGUGCCUCCGUGCAUCCAUCAUGACACAGGAGUGCCAUGCUCACUGAACAGCUGGCUGGACCGCGGUUGGUGCCGCACCGAAUUUUGGUGCAAGUCUUUUUCCACAAGAUCGAAGGUUCCCAUCGUGGUCGUAAAGGGUGAAGACUCCGCUCAAUACAUGACAGGCUUGUCUUCCUUGCGAUAUCCGGUUUACUCGGGUAUGUUCGCUGUUGAGGAUGACAAGGCUGCGUGCAGUCUACUUGUCCAGAAGGCUUUGAUGAAGUAUCUGUCCAUGCUGCGUGCGGCCAAGAACAAGACGGCCUACCGAUUGUACCUCUCCCUCUUCGAGCAGAUGACUGGAUGUGAGAACAAGAAACGCAGCAUGGAGGAAUUCCUUCAUGAUUUUUGCUUCUCUGAACCUGUGGGACAGCACAAGAGCCUUGGUCCUGUAGUUUGCGCUGCUCUCUCUGGAGAUCAUGAACUGCUUCGCAAUCUAGUCAGUGCCAGGGCCUCCCUCCACGCACGCGCGCCCGGCAUGCUUGAGACAUUUAAUGCGGAGUUGAUGCCUUUGCACUUUGCUUUGGAAUUCCGAAGUCAAGACCUACGAGUCUUGCAGACGCUGUUAGAGCUUCGAGCCGAUCCAAACUGCAGCACCCUCAAUGCUUCGUCCCCUCUAUCCUCUUGCCGUACAGUGGAUGCCGUAGACCUCCUGGUCGAGAACAGAGCUGACGUGAAUUUGGGAACAACAAUAGCACAAUUGCCCCCCAUUCAUUUCGCUGUAGGAGCAAUCGGAGCACCUUGUGAAGUUGUUGCCAGACUUCUGGAGCUUCGAGCGGACGUGCUGGGCGGAGGGGGCGGAGUCGCAUGCUCACCUCUCCACAAUGUUGCAUUCUCGGGUGACUCCCACAACGAUCUGCGGAACGCGCAGCUGUUGCUGGACAACAAGGCGGACGUCAAUCAGCGUUGCCGGCCGGAGGGCAUCUUCAGGCCGAUCGAGUUGAUGGCUCGAGUCAGCAGCCGAUGUGCCGGUAGGUCAGGUGCACUGGUCCGAUUUUUCGGCAACUUGAGCUCAACGCCUCUGGGUUGGUGCGCCGUGUUUGGCAACGAAGGCCUCCUGACCUUCCUGCUGCGUGAGCGGGCUGACCCGGAGAUUCGGAACAACCGAGGCAUGAGGUUUCUUGGAGAGUCCGGACGAUCCUUCGAGAUCCCGUUCCGCACAUCUAUUUGUUGGAGAGCGGAUCUGAGUUGGUCCGCAAAGCUUUCCGUACUUCUUGCUGGUGCGAAUGUAGGUGUCAGCUCAACUUUCGUGGCCUUUGGAGCAAAGGGAGCAGGCAAGACUUUCACGCUUUUGGGAUCUCUGCUGCGUCCGGAUGGGCCGGGGCCGGGGUGGAUCCCUCACUUCUGCCAGCGUCUCUUCGCGAGGUUGCAGGAAGCAGAUGAACCCUACCUGAUAGGAGUCUCAAUGUUCAGCAUGCACCGCGAGGAGCUGCGAGAUCUAUUGAAACAGAGAGGAAGAGGAGACCUUCUUCGGCUGAAGCAUGGUGUCGAGGGCGCGGGCCUGCCAGACCUCUCGUGGCACGCGGCUUCCUCGCCGGAUCAUAUCGUCGAGCUCCUGCAGCAAGGCCUCGCGUCCAUCCAGGUGGCCUGCACUGAUAUGGAGAUCCAGAGCAGUGAGGUCUCCGCGUUUUUCCAACUGCACGUUUCCCGCUUCAGAGGAGAGAAGAUCGCCACCUCCACAGUCCGUUUCGUGGACGUGGCGAAUUCGGAUCGCACGAUGAACCCAGGGCGCAGGAUACUGGCCGUGGAAGCGCUCCAAACCGUGGUUGAUGCCUGCGGGAGGCGUGGCUCCUUCGUGCCUUACAGAAACUCGAAGUUGACGCAGCUGUUGCAGCCGGCACUGUGUGGGCCCAUGCCGCUGGUGCCGGCAGCUGAUAUUGGAGCCUGA